AUGACUUCAUUCAUUCGAAAACUGUUUGGUGACCGUACGAAGAAGAUGACCCAAAAAGACUCGAUAACGGGUCGUAAUAACAGCUUUCCAGUGCCUUAUUUAUCGAAAUUGGAAGGAAAUCAGUUACAACCAGGACAAUCCUUGAUUGUUCGAGGCUAUAUAAUUGGUAGAAAUGAGUUUAUAAUAAAUCUCACGGAUGGUUCCAAGGUGGAAAUAGACGACGAGAAUGAUACACUUGAUAAUCGCCUUCUGGUAAUCAGAGCCGAUAUGACCCAGAAACGUAUCUUCUUGAACGCUUGUAUUGAUGGACAGUGGGGACGUGAAGGAUCGCUGAAGCAUAAGUGGUCACCAGGCGAUGAAUUUGAUAUACGACUACGAGCACAUGAGAAGUACUUUGAGAUUUAUAUCGAGCAUAAAUUGUUGGCCAAAUUUGCAUAUUACGUACCAAUCACGAACAUAUCACAUAUCUAUAUAAAUGGUGACGUUGAACUGUAUACGGUAUCAUGGGAAGGAAAAUAUUAUCAAACCCCUUAUGCGGCCGAUAUUCCGGGUAAUUUCUAUCCAGGCCGCAAACUGUACGUUUCGGCGCUCUUAAAGAAACGAGCCAAGCAGUUCAGUGUCGAUUUUCAUUGUGCUAACGAUAUUGCGUUCAGAUUCAAUCCGCGAAUUGCGGAAAGGAAAAUCGUUCGAAAUACUCGAAGUGAAGAUCGUUGGGGAACUGAGGAAAAAGAAAGCGAAGUACCGUUUCCGUUUAAGAAGAAACACACAUUCGACUUACUUGUUUACUGCGAGGAAAAUCGAUUCACUUUCUACGUUGACGACUGCCUUAUCGGAUCAUAUGCGCAUAGGAUGAGUGCUCAAGGCAUCGAUAAACUAUGUAUUGAUGGUGAUAUUGAACUACAGGGCGUUCAUCUGAAAUAG